GGGAUGGGGACAGAUAUAUUGAAUGGGAUGGAAAUAGGUGUAAGAAUACAUGAACGUGUGAAAAAAAGCCUCUCGACAAGGAUGGGACAGUAAAAACGAUUUGCAUUUUAACAAAUUUUAAUAUUCUUCUUUGCUUGGUCUAUUUUCCCUCGUAUUGAAGAAGACGGUGCACGUUCAUCUGAUCCCGUAGAACACAAGGGUUUAUGGAGACGUGAGAAUUUACCGGGGGUUUUAGCGAAAAAGAUAAGCCUGAAAACAAAAGACCUUUGGAAGAAUAAAUAUUCAAAUUGGGUUUGUAUUUGUUAAGCACCUUUUUGUUUGCUUGGUUUUGGUUUACCGUUUGUCCAUGUCACAGUGCGGUUUGCUCUGGAGGAAUUUUGAAGGCACUGAUGAGAUGAGAGAACUGCAAUAGGCUACGAAUGAAUGAAGAAUGGCAACAUAGUAGGCUAACUUAUAGCGGGAACGGGAAUGAAGGUUCAGCAUUUUUCUUGCCCGAGGAUAACUGUAUGCGGUGCAGCUGGUUACAUUCUGGGAGAGGUGUCAGAUUUGGAAAGUAAAUACCAGAGGGCGUUAAGAAAGAACGCGGAGUUGUAAUACGCUGUGUUUUAGACCGGGUGGAUACUGAAGGGUCAUUUGGAGAUCGGAGAAGCCAGAGACGCUUACAACCCUCUGUGUAUCCUUCCAACGAACACCAGCGGACUCUGUUGUUUUACGAGGCGAAGCAUACUUCAUGUGCCUUGUGCGCACAAUCGGAAUUAAAAGCGGACUGGUAAUCUUGUAUCCUCUUGCAAAGUAGCUGCUUUGCUCUAGCAUUUGUGACGAAUUCACAGUUGCGAAUGAUAACUGGAAAUGCAUUUUAUUUGACGUUUACGUAAUGCUUGCUGCCGAGCACCGAUACGUUUCUAUGGAUUUGAUUUAAAAUUGACAACGAAGAUCUGGAUUGAAAGUCAUGCCGUUCUAAGAGGAACUGUAUCUCCAAAACCUCAAUAAACCCAGAGUUCCCAUCAAGGAUAUCCACAGCGACGUAGCGGGGGAGAUACAGUAAGAACCAUAGUGGGGUCAUUCAGUUUCGCUGUCAGGACCAUUCGAUCAACAAAUCAAGCAAAAUGGGGGAGCAGCCGAUCUACAGCACCCGCGCCCACGUCUUCCAGAUUGACCCCAACACCAAAAAGAACUGGGUCCCCACCAGCAAGCAUGCCGUCACCGUCUCCUACUUCUACGACAGCACAAGGAAUGUCUACAGAAUCAUCAGUCUCGAUGGCUCUAAGGCAAUAAUAAACAGCACCAUCACGCCCAACAUGACUUUCACCAAGACGUCACAGAAGUUCGGGCAGUGGGCGGACAGCCGGGCCAACACAGUGUACGGGCUAGGCUUUUCCUCAGAGAAUCAUCUGGUGAAGUUUGCAGAGAAGUUUGCUGAGUUCAAGGAGGCGGCUCGGUUAGCCAAGGAGAAGUCACAGGAGAAGAUGGAGCUGACCAGCACUCCAUCUCAGGAGUCAGGAACCGGGGACAUCCAGUCACCUCUCACCCCAGAGAGCAUCAACGGCACAGAUGAUGAGAGGGUCCCAUCAGAGGUCACUGCGAACUCCGAGCCCCGGGCGGAGCCCUCGCAGAACGCCCUGCCCUUCUCUCACAGCUCUGCCAUCAACAAGCACUGGGAGGCAGAGCUGGCCGCGCUGAAAGGCAACAACGCUAAGCUGACAGCAGCGCUCCUGGAGUCCACGGCCAACGUCAAGCAGUGGAAGCAACAGCUGGCAGCCUAUCAGGAAGAGGCUGAGAGGCUACACAAACGGGUGACAGAACUUGAGUGUGUGAGUGGUCAGACCAAUGUGAUCAAAUCACAUAAGACAGAGCUCAACCAAACAAUUGAGGAGCUGGAGUCCACACUGAAAGCAAAGGAAGAGGAACUGGAGCGAUUGAAAGAAGAGGUGGACAACGCAAACCAGCUGCAGGCUCAGAGAGACUCGCUGACUCAGAAACUGCAGGAGACGGAGACAAGGAACAAAGACCUGGAGAGCCAGCUGUCGGAGCUGGAGCAGCGGCUGGAGAGCAGCCAGGUGGAGCAGGAGGCCUUCCGCAACAACCUGAAGACCCUGCUGGAGAUCCUGGACGGGAAGAUCUUCGAGCUGACGGAGCUGCGCGACAGCCUAGCCAAGCUCAUCGAGGGUAGCUAGAGCGGUGCCCCCCCCACCCUACCUCCACCCCGGGAGAAAGAAAAAACAACAACAACGACAUGCCAACGCAGUGCGGAAACAACGCAACACACACAAACUCAAGGUGCCCGCCAGGGAGUCCUGCCUACCUUCAUUUCUCCUCCACCUGAACCCGGAGGACGCUUCUUUCUUUUCAAAACAUAAGAUACGAUCCAGAUUUUUUUUUUCCUGUCCAUUUGUUUCAGGUAUCAUUCCAUUUGAGAGAUAUUCGCUGUAGUCUUUUCUUUUUUUUUCUCUCCUGCCAUUUAUGAAAAGUGGUACGUCGUGCGCGCCAUGCGUCACCUGAAGUCGGUGAGAAUCCUUUUUGAAUUUAUUUAUCAGUGGUACUCUUUUUGGUCAGUUGCGUUUUAUUCUUCUCCUAAUUGUUUCUACAUUGACGGUUGACAUUAUCACGGCAAAGGUAAGGCAGAGAACGAGGAGGACUGUGACUGCACGCGUGGUGUUGGCCUCUCGGACGCCCCCUUUCCUCGCGGUUGUCGACGGUGUCCGAGGCUUCAUCGCCGGUGGUUCUCUGGGGGGCUGU